UUUAAAUUAAAAUGUCACCUUGACAGUUUGACAGUGCAUGGAUCUCGAUUGUUUUUAGAAUUUUUCAUUUCAAUAUUCCGUAAUUUUAAUUUGGAUUAUUUCCUAAUGCUAUGACAAAUGCUGAGGCUCUAAGCCUCUAUCAUAAUGGUUUUAAACGCCGCCGUGCAGAUGUUGAGGGAGGCGGAUGAGCUGAAACAGAAAAUAUCAAAAUUCAAGAGUGGAACAUCUAUGUUACAAGAAAGGGGUCUUUGGGCCACACAACAACAGUUACAAAAGGUGUAUCAAAAAGUACUAAUUUUGGAUCUUGACUAUGCAUUGGACAAAAAAGUGGAACAGGACUUGUGGAAUGUUGGCUUUAAACAGCAGAUUGAGGCUCUUCAAGCCAUCUCUAAGGACAGGAAGAAUCCCCUUCGUAGUGAAGGACAGGCUAUGCUAUCAUGGGUGCUACAGGCUGCUGCAGGGUUCUACCUCUGCUUACUGCAUCAGAUCUGCACCACAUUCAAAUUAGAUUUACCUUUUAGACGUCGCGCGUCGUUGCUGGGUCUGGUGGAGGGGUGGGGCGCGGGCGAGUCGGCGGUGGGCGCGCGCCUGCCGCCGCCCGCCUCCGCGCGGUACAUCUGCCAGCACUGCCUCGUGCACCUCGGGGACCUGGCCAGGUACCGCCAGCAGCUGCGGGUCGCGCACACCUUCUACAGACACGCGCUGGUGGUGUCCGCGCACUCGGGGCAGCCCUACAACCAGCUGGCGCUGGUGGCGUGGCGGCGCGGGCGGCGGCUGGGCGCGCUGUACUGGCACGUGCGCUCGCUGCUGGUGCGCGCGCCCUUCCCGCCCGCGCCCGCCAACCUGGCGCGCACGCUGCGGGCCGCCGCCGCCGCCUCCAACAGUGGUGACGCUAAGGAGUUGCCGGUGAUCCCGGGCGUGACGGACGGCCUCGCCCUCGCGCCCGCGCCCGCACCCGCGCGACUCGACGCGCACUCCUACGUGACCGAGCUCAUCCGGGCCAUGCACUACAUACACACCGUGGAAGAGCUGGACACGGCAGCGGCGCUGGUCAACUCCCUCAACUCCUCGCUCACGGCGCUCAUCGCGACUGAUAGCUUCGAGUCUAUGACACUCAUUAAGAUGGCGUGUGUGAUGAUAUGGCUGGUCCAUUCCACGACAGAGGAGUUGACAGUGGAGAGUGGUAACGUGACGGAGGGCGAGGCUCGCGCGGCUCAGCUCAGCUGUUCCCUGGCCACGGGGACUCUGCUGGCGCUGCUGCUGCCGCAGUACACUGCGGACCAGCCCGUACAAAGGGCGCUGCCUGCCUUGAAGGUGUGGAUGCAAUGGUCUGCGUGGCACCCGCGGGUGCUGAGCUCGGGCGCGUGGCUGUCGCUGGCCGCGCUGUGGCCCGCCUUCGCGCACACGCUCAACCUGCUCGCGCCCAGCGCCGCCACGCUCACCGACACCUACGACAGCGUGCCCUUGCCUGAAGAUGAGGAGCUAGCCGGGUUCUUGCCGCUAGAGGAGGCGCUGAAGGGACUGCGGUUCCCGAACCACGCCGCCUGGGACACGUACGGGGGCCGCGUGCCAGACCUGGACGAGGACGCUGAUGAUAAUGAUGCCGACCCCCCGGCGGAGGUGUCGGUGACGUGCCUGAGCGGCGAGCCCGAGCUGGAGCAGCGCGUGCGGGCGCUGCGUCUGCUGCUGCUCGGGAAGAAGCUGGCGCAGCUCAAGCCGGAACAUCUGUCCUACGUGGAGGAGGACGGCACAGUCCGGUUCUCGGCGUCGUCAGUAGGCGGCGAGCAGCUGUCGGCCGCGCUGCUGCAGCUGGCGGCGGCGCGCUCGGGGGGCGCGGCCGGGGGCGCGGGGGGCGCGCCCGAGCCAGAGGACGACUCCGACGACGAGCCCGCCAGGCCGCCGCCGCCCAUCGUCAUCUCCGAGGCUGACUUCCGGGAAAAAGUACGCGAGAAACGUGUGGGCAUCCUCAAGCCACAGGGCUCGCUGGAGCGCGCGCGGGAGGAACGCGCGCUCGCCACACAGGAUGACCAGGAAGUGGACGUUGCUGAAGACAGUAAGAGUGAAGACAAGAAGGAGGUCCGCAAGCCGCGCGUCAACAUCGCCAUGGCGGCCAUCAUGCGGAAACAGGAGGAGACCAACAAACAGGUCAAGUUCGUGACGCCGCCGCCGACGCCGGACUCGACGGUGGACAGCAGCGAGUCCAAGGAGGACAAACCUAAAGUGAUACAGCCCAAAGCUAUCAAGUCUCUGGCGAACCUCCCGCUCGGCAGGAAGACGGGAGGGAUCCUGUCCCUCAAGGACAAGUCCGCGGGUUACCCUCAUUUGGUCCUCAAUACCGAACCAGAACCACCCAAGAAGGUCGAAAAGGACGAAAAGAAGGAAGCCAAGCCGAGCCAGUCCAGUCAGAGCUCGCAGAACUACCCGCAGAAGAGGCAGGAGCACCCCCCUUCGCCAAACUGGACGCCGCUGCAGAACACGUACCCCGACGCGCCGCGGAUGAACUUCCAGAAGAAUUACGGCAUACAGAAUGCAGGGCUCAGCUACAACCCCAGCUACCCCGCGCCUAACAUCAACAACCAAGGCAUCAGGCUGCCUGUUGUCAAUCCCAAAGAGAUCGACGUCAGAACCGCCGCCCUUCAGAAACAGAACUCGCGCCAAGAGCUGUUCCAAGACGGACAGAAGUUCAACCACAACUACCAGAUGUCUGGCGAUAAGAAGAACUUCCUGAACGACCUACCGCCGCGCUUCGCCAACCAGUACCGGUACUGGCAGAACGCGCAGGAGAGCCAGUUCAACGACAACAAGUUCCGCGACGACAGCUUCAAGCAGAGCGCCAUGUUCCCCGGCCAGCAGCCGCGCAGCUGGAGUGCGCAGCCGCAGCCCGACACCUACCAGCAGCAGCCCGUCUGGUGGAAGCCCGACCAGCAGAACAACUUCAACGCCAACUUCACGCAACAACUGCAACCCAACUUCUACUCGCAGCAUUUGAACUCUAACAUCAGCAAUCCCUAUCAGAACUUGUCGUUCAACCAGCUGCAGAACAAUAUUCCGCAGAACAAGCAGGAGAGCUUCAGUCAGCCGGCGUACCUGCAGACCGCCAUCGGUCAGCCGCAGCUGCAGACGCUGCAGAACCUGGUGACGUCGCCCAAUUUCAACUCAUCCCUGAACAGCUUCUCUUACGCGCCGCCCGUCACCUACGACUCGUCCAUGUACCCGCAGUUCAGCAACAAGCUCGGCUACCAGCCGUUGCAGAUGAAGAUGGUGGACAAGCCGCUGGCCUACCCCCCCGGCAAGGACGUCAUGGACAUGAACAACCUGAGCUACGCGCCCGCCGCGCUCGACAUGCAGCAGAGAAACCUCAACAUGAACUUCAAUGAACCACUCAACAAUGAUGUAGGAAGCGCCAAGAAUAUGGACCAGGUUGGGCAGUCGAGCGGCCUGUCGGCGGGCAGCACGUACUCGCUGUUCAGCGGCGCGCCCGACACCAGCGCCUGGGCCAGCGGCGCGCAGCGGCAGCCGCCGUCGCUGUGGUCGGGGCCGGGCCCCUCCCCGCUGGAGCGCCUGCUGGAGCAGCAGAAGCAGAUGAAGCCGCCGACGCCGCAGUGACGCCGCCGUGUGACCUACCUCAUACGCGUUCCCCAACUUCCUACUAUUUGUCAUUCAUAACCGCUAUCACGCCUACGUAAACAUUUCUCAGUCACAUAGCGGGGAAAUGGCAAAUAACCCAAGCAGGAAACCAAAUUAGCUUGCUUGCUAAACAAAAAUAUAUCGCAAAAGAUAUAACAUAUUCAGAUCCGGUGUUUCGGUCACAACGGGAGCUGGGAACAUUGCGAUGUUUAUAUUGUUCCUAUUACUUUUAUAAAAGACAGUAAUAAGGAAUUAGUUUCGAGUCAGAGUUGCGCUUACCAAUGCGUAGUCGCGUACCUUUAAAUUUUCCAUGAUAAUAAUAAAAACACUGUUGUAUAAAAUUGUAUAAAUGUAAACAGUUGUAUAAAGUGACGGCAAGUGGCGACAACAGUCGGACUUGAAGUAUUUUCGUCCAAGCGUAUAAAUACCUAUAAACCCGUUCCUUAAUGAAAUUGUGAAUGUGAAACGAAAUAUUUUACAGAUGAAUACAUAAUUUAAGAUUUAUUUACUUUACGUUGUAGGAUUAUUUGUAGCUCGUUAAAAGUAAACAAAAGUGAAUGUUAUUUCUAGUCGAGAUAAAGGAUACAUCAUAUUAAUCCCCGUACGGUGUGAUUUUGAGGGUACUCGCCGCCUUGCGCGUGAUACUGAACUACUAGUGUUGUUGCUCAAAAUUAUUUUGUAACUAGUAAAAUAUAUCAGGCCGUCUCCGACGACGAUGAUUUUGGGCCAAUCACUAGACCAUGUACUCGGACACUCUACUUAUAGAUAGGGAACAAGCCUAAUGAAAUGAUGGGGGUAUGCUUGGUACGAAAAUACUAUCACUGUCCUACGUUAGGCGUCAAUAAAAUUAUUCAUAUAUUUGUAAACUUGCAGUUUUUGUAUAUUAUCAUUUGUGUAUUGCAUCUCGUGAACGGUAACAGAAAGUACAGCUUGCUUCGUAAAUGUCGAACUGCGCGUCUAUGAUGUGUUUUAUUGAUAUAACGACUUAUUUCAGAAUUUUACUGGUUGUUAUUUUAAAAUUCGAAUAAUUUUUAAGUCGUUAUUAUAAAUUCAAACCUUUAUAAUUGUAUGUUUGUUUGGUUAUCGAAUGCUUUAUCUAACGGGUAGUUCGACAUUCCGAAUGGCUUUAUUGUAAGCAUGAUUUUGUGAUUUUAAGUGAAAGUAAAUUGAAGUAAUCUUUGUGAAACAAUAUUUUGUAAUAAAGAUAUUUUUGUUAUUA